UUUUUCUAGAGAAUAGAGGGGCGGCUUUUUCUUAUAUAAAUACUGAAUCGCUUUUCAUGUGAUGCCAGUUAGUUUCUACCAAACAAAUAUAGCAGUCUGUAACCAGGGACUUCGCUGAGCGGGUGUUAUUCCUAGAUCUAAAAUACUGCAUCUGAUUUUCAAAUCCAAAAUGAAGCUUACUAUCGUAUUGGGUCUACUGGUGGUCCUGCAAGUGGUCAGUUCGGCGGAAAAGUAUGGCUCUCUUGACGAGGAGUGGGAGAAGUAUAAGGUCGAUUUCGAAAAGCAUUACUCUAGUGCCGAGGAGGAGGCAAAACGAAAGGCUAUUUUCGGAAAAACCUUGGAACAGGUCAAAGAGCACAACAAGAGAUAUGACGCUGGUGAAGUGACUUAUUCUAUGGGGUUAAAUGCAUUUUCAGAUUUGAACCCAGAUGAAGUACCAACUGGGCUUUUAUUAUCCAAGGGUAAUUAAGUUUGUGUGAACUUCUCUGGAAAAUGGAUAUAAACAUUCAUCGAAAUUCGUUACUAUCCUUGUAUUUUUUAAAAAAUUGCAGACCUAUUAGUGUCAAUAAUAUAGUGUGAGGUGCUAAAAAAUUGAAGAAAAUAUCCCAAGUUGACUCAUAA